AUGGGCCAUUUGAGAGUAGUAUUGCAAGUACUCAACGAAAACCAACUCUUUGAAAAAUAUAGUAAGCAAGAAUUUGGGUCUAGAUCGGUUGCAGUUUUUGGCCACAUCAUCUCAAGUGAGGGUAUUGAGAUUGAUCCGAAGAAAAUGGAAGCUGUUAAGAAUUGGCAUAGACCUUUGACUCCAACUGAUAUUAGAAGUUUCUUGGGUUUAGCCGGGUAUUAUCGAAUGUUUGUUGAUGGGUUUGCAUCAAUUUCUUCUUCUUGGAUUACCUUAACCCAAAAGAAUGCAAUGUAUGAGUGGUCAGAAGCUUGUAAAAGAGGCUUCCAAGAGUUGAAAGAUAAGCUUACCUCCGCUCCGGUGUUGACAUUAUCGGAGGAUAUGGCCAGAUCUAAGGUUCCAGGUAGAGACAUGCCACCCCAAGAGAAAUUAAAGGGGAUUAUAAUCGAUGAGGAUGCAACUGCAUUCAGAAGCAAAGCAACAAGACUUCCCAUAUCUGGUGGAAAGGAAAAGGAAACGGUGUUGAAAGUCGAGGUUUUAGAGUUGAGGAAGCAUGUGAACCAUCUGAAGUCCAGAGACUUCACUUCAUUGUUUGAGUCAGCAGAGGUUUUUGAAGUUCUCGAUGCAGAUUUCCUAGGCCUUUUUGAUGUGUCUCGGGCUACAACCGAAAAUGACUCUAUGGAAGAUGUGGUUGUUGUUGAGUCAGUGGCUGAGACAGAUAGAGAGCAACUCGAUGUUCAGGAGUUGUUCUUGCGUGAAUCUGAGUAUCGGUGA